AUGGAGCAGAUCCAUUCUCUCACUCCUCUGCAACCACACUUGAUGUAUGCACCUGUGUGCGCGUCUAAUGGAGCCCUAGCUCAUAUGCCGUUGGGCCCAAUGCACACCGCUCUACUUGACCCGCGCAGUCAGAGGGUCGACGAUCAAAACAACCUGAUUGGUCAGCUACUCAGGCAGAUCAACUUGAAUCAAGGCCCUAACCUUGGACCCCGUGACGAGGAGAGGAGGAUGCACGAGCAAGUCGGAGAGCAGUUCGAGAGGUCACAGGCUAGUCAGACAGGGGCAAAUAGGCUGGGGAGAGAAUGA